AUUGUUUAUUGACAUUGACAAGCAGCGAGGUUUGAUUCGAAAUUUUGAAUAACUUUUUAAUUUUUUUUUCGCAUACCAUUCUCAUAUUUUCUGAAGUAUUCUCCUUUAAUUCCAUCCAAAACUGCAUCCUCUGCAGUGCAUCAUUAAGUUUCGUGUGUUCAGAAAUACCUAAAGUUUGGUGAUGGCUUCAAGCCGCGAAAGAAGGUCCAAUGCUGGCAAUCGCUUAGCAAAGCUCCUGAAUGAAGAAGAAGAGGAUGAAUUUUACAAAACCACCUACGGUGGGUUCGAUGAGGUUGAAGACGAUAAUGAUUACAAGUCUGAAGAGGAAGUAGAGGAUGAUGUUGAUUCUGACUUCAGUAUUGAUGAAAAUGAUGAACCAGUCUCUGAUCAAGAAACAGAGGAGAGCAAGAAAAGAAAGAAAAUGGUCUACAAAGAACCGAAAGUCGUGAAGAAAACAGUAGAAAAAACACCAAAACCCCCACAGGCAAAAACAGAUAGGAAGAAAUUACAUUAUCCAUCUUCAAGUGAUAUUUUGGAAAGGAAAUCUAUCCGACACUCUACGGCAGUUGCCUCCGCCAAAACACAGCAGAGAGUCCGUGAAAGAUCUGAUCUGAAGCGGAAAAUUUCAAGGAAAUAUACUGUGGAAGUUAAAUUAACGCAAGAAGAACUAUUAGAAGAAGCCAAAUUGACGGAAAUAGAAAAUUUAAGAUCUUUAGAAAAGUACCAAAUGAUGGAAAUCGAAAAGAAAAAAAACAGGGGGAUCAAAAAAAUUUUCACUGGGCCUGUCAUUCGUUAUCUUUCAACAACUAUGCCUGAUGUAGCAUUAGAAGAAGAAACCAUUUGUGUUGAUGAAGAUGUGCCUGUGAAGGAAGAAACAAAAAGUGAAGAAUCAAAGGCUGACUCCUCUUCUUGCGAACAAGACAAGUCUCCAAAAAAGAAAAGGAAAAGUUGUUAUGAGAGAACUUUCUUAAUAUUCACUGAUGCCUUAACAUUCCAUGACAGUUUUUACAAACAUUUUCAACAGUCGCAAAAGCCUCACAACCAUAUUUUCCCCAGAUUAUGUCCAAUAACUGGAAUGCCAGCCAAAUAUGUGGAUCCUGUCACAAAUGUUCCGUAUGACACCGCUCAGUCUUUCAAAAUCAUUAGGGAACUGUAUGCCAAAUACUUGGAAACAAACGGCAACAGGGAUAUUAAAGAGGUUGCCGAGUGGUUGGAGUGGCAUGAAAACAAUAGCGGCAGUCUACUAGUAAAUUUAACUACUCCUGAUGCAGCUACGUCAAGCUAAAUUUGAUCAUCUGCCUACAGGUAUUUUUGACAACCUCUUGAAAACAGCUCACAUUGAUUUUGUGUGUUUGAGUGGAAUUAAUAUCAAAGUUUGAGGUUGAAAAUAAAAAUUCGAAAGAACUCUCUAGAGGAAGAACUGUUUGGAGCUUACAAGUGUCUAACAUAGUUCAUAAUGUGACUGUAUACCAGCAUUAAGGCACUGAUUUGUUAGAGCUGUAUGAAUAGUGAAUUUUUCAAAAGAAGCAAAUAGCGAAUAAUAUUGCCAAAUUACUAUUGUAAUAAUUUAAGUAAAUUAUUCUCAACUACAAAUAAUAAUACAAAUAAUUCAAAAUGACUUUUUUAGAAUACAAAUAAUUCAAAAUGACUUUUUUAGGUUCAAAAAAUUGCUAAUAUUACGGAAGCCAACAAACAAAAGUGAUUAAUUUUUUAAAAAAAAUUCCAUUUGCUCCUACACCUGUACAGAAAACAAUGAAAUGCUAUGAUAGCAGCCUAGGCUGUUAAGCAUGUGCUUGAAGAUCCCUGGAUGCUGCCUUGACUGUCCCUGCAGUAAUGUAUCCAUUACCAGGAUUGAAAGUUAACUGCACGGGCAGUCAAGCUAGUAUUUAAGAAUCACUAGACACAUUUUUAGUAUUUCAUUUUUUUUCGUUGCUGAAAAUGUGUUCAUAAUUAUUUAUGACUGCGAUUUUUGAGAGUGUCGCAUAGUGCGCAAGUCAGCUGAAUGGUAAUCAUUCUGAAUGAUAUUAGAUGAUGAUACAGCGCCUUGUCAAUGAUUUAAAAUUCAAGGGAGACUAGGAAGUUGCUUGGAUUAUCAAGCUUUUCAGCUAAGAAAGUUCAAAUGGAAAACUUUUAAUUUAAAUUAUUGAGGUAAUGUUAAUGAGAGGAGAAUUAUUUCUUCCUUUGUCGCAAAAUGGAACAAGUUUUCAACCGUCCAUGAUUCUUUUACUGGGUACUCACUGGCAUGUAACACUGAUUUCUAAUCAUCUGAUCAAGCUUUUCACGGUGGAAUUUGACCUUGUUGCCUUGCUUACACCCUUAGCAAAGCUUGCACAUGUGUACAUUUACACCAGCUGAUUCAGUUGACUUCAGAUUACAGAGAGAAUAAGCCACCUCGCUUUUAACCAUAGAGCAACCAUCAUACUUACUUAGUUUAAAUCAUGGAUAGAAUUUUUGCUCCAUUUUGGAAUAUCCAAGGGCUGAACCAUCUCCAACUCUUUGAAUUACCGUGGGCAGCAAAGUACUUUGGUUCUUUUCAAAAAAUUAAGAGAUUUCUCAGGUAACAGACCUUUAAUUUGAAUUAAUGAGGUUUAAAUCACCAAUGCACUGUAGUUAACAUGAACUGAGACUAAGAUUGAAUUAAAGUCAGAUGCUAAAACCAGAAAGGGUGAAAGUGUCAAAUUUCUAAUAUGAAGGAUCCCUUAAAAUGGGUGUAUGUUUCAUAUUUUAAAUAUCAGAAACUUUGGUCGUACUACUUAGAAAAUUUCCACACAAAAUUUGUAAGAAACUUUGCGCCUGCUCUUGAAUGAAUUACUGAAUUGUCGAGUAAUAACUUGCAGCACUGCAAUGCAAUCCAGCCCUUGUGGCUCUGACCCUCUUCGGUUUUUGGUCCAAAACAAAAACCCAUGGCUCAUAAGACCGGUAUUCUUGAUGCUGUUUUGAUUGUCAACAUGUGAAGUUUGUAUUGAGAUCAAUAAAGAUUUGUUCUUGUUAAAA